GGCGACUUCGAUGAGCCUUUCUAGAUUGCGGACAUGGGAGCUGAUCCUUGCACUUCGAGCACUCUUUAGCGUCGCAGUGACCGCCAACUGCUUAGUCAAUCGCGCUUCGCCGGCGUAAUGAGGGCACACCUUGUGUGCGUGCUUUGCAACUACUGUACUCGUGCAGGUGAGAACGAGCCCGCGAAGCCACCGGACAUCUAUAGAGGGUUUAGCAAGCGGGUGCAGCAUUGCAAGCAUGUGAGGGCGUGUCUCACGCACUGUGUCACAGUGAAGUACUUCUACAGUGAAGCUGUAUGUGGCUCAGAUCCGGGGUUUCGUGGCGUCUGCGAGCACAAAUUAUCAUCAGCAAUGGCUCGAGCGUCCUCGUCUUCUUCGUUGGCGCGCUUCGGGCAACUUCGCAAACACGGUAGUGCCAGUUCUCGCGCGUUCAUUUUCGUCUUCUUCCACAGCUGACUCCGUUGUGCAAAACGCUAUCAUCAUCAGCAAUGGCUCGAGCGUCGUCGUCUUCAACAGCUGCCUCCGCCGUCAUGAUGACCACAGAUCAGGACAAUACCUUAUCGUGCCUUGAAUGUCGUACGGAGGAGGUUCCCAAAGGAUCGCUCUGUGACGUCAGCACGCAGCUUUCAGCAUCCGCGCGAUGAGCGAAAACGCUUCUCGAUCACGGGCGCCGGCCUCGGCUGACCUGGCUUCGGAGUUGGUCAGCGUGUUCGAGUGUCCCGUGUGCCUCGAUCCCGUCAUGCCGCCUAUCGCCCAAUGCAUGAACGGUCAUCUGCUGUGCUUCCCGUGUCGCAACAAGAUCACCAGGUGUCCUCUGUGCAGGGGGCAGAUGAGCAGCGUCCGAGCGUGGGCCAUGGAGAAAGUGGCUGAAAAGCUUCCCUACCCGUGCAAGUACUGGAAUCAUGGCUGCACCGCUCAGCCAAUCCUGCUUGACAAACAGGAUCACGAGAAGACGUGCGAUUACAGGCCCUGUCCCUGCUUAUUCACGGCGAAGGAGUGCAGGUGGACUGGCACCCCAAAAGAUAUGAUGCCGCACAUCCGUGAAGCCCACCAGAACUUGUCCAUAGUCCGUGGCGAGAAGGCGGAGAUCGUCGUCCACGAUGGACAGAUAUCGCGGAGCUACGAGCAGAGGACGGUUCAGUCAUGCUUCGGGCAGCACUUUGCGACCGUCCUCGCGAUGCAGCACGUCGGCGGUUUCAAGCUGCUCCACGCGCUGGUGCUGAUCGUGAACACGCCGGAGGAGGCCCAGAACUUCACCUACCAGCUGGAGGUGAGGGAAGGCGACCGCACCCUCACAUGGACGUCCAGGCCCACUUCCGUUAUGGAAGGUGUCGAGGCCGCCAUGGCGCGAGGAGACGGCCUCGCCUUCGACGCGCGCAACUUCGCCGUCAAGCUGAGCGUCGAGGUCACCGUCAAGCGUCGUCACUCGUCGGCCGGAAAGCGAGAAGAGGACGCCGACGCCAGGGACAGCUACUUUCGUAUGUUCGGUCCACCGGGAAAGGGGUCCGGUGAGGUCCGGGACGGAGAACGCAAGCCAACCGCCGGUAAUGAAGCGGACGACGACAACGACUUGCGGGACAGCUAUUUUAGGAUGUUCAAGCCUCGGGCCAACCAGUAUCCCUGACACGGGCGCGAAAUUUUAGCCCGUGCCAACGUUACGUGCUUAAUAACGAGAGUUUUCGAGCGAACAAUUUCUUUGACUGUUAUUUUUACGCUCACCUCCCGACUUCUGCUCGAGCAGAAUC